UUAAGACCACAUCAAAUACAUGUUUUUUGUAUUUUACAGUUGGUAUGCUUAAUGGCUGUUCUGGCUGAAGGCUAUGGCUCAGCAAUCGGUAUGGGACUGGGAGGUCUCGGAGGCUACGGGGGAGGUCUCACAGUCCCAUUGAUAGAAACUAUCCCAAUUAUAAAGCCACAGAUCAUAGGACCAGCAUUGUCCACAGUUAAUGUGAAUAAGGAAGCUCCUAUCCCAAUUAUUCGUAAAGUAUCUGUGGCUCCAAUCGCUACCCCCAUUAUUGCUUCCAUCCCAGCUCCAAUCAUCGAACCAAUCAUCUCUGCCCCUAUACUCAAAGAAAUACCCUUGGCCGGCUACGGACUAGGUGGACUCGGCUUGGGUUACGGAUACGGAAAGUUACACUGAGUUCAAUCUUCAA